AUGGCGGCGCUGGGGCCGGCCGCCGCGGGCGAGCAGGGCCCGGGGGCCGAGGCGGAGCCGGGCGCCGCGGGGCCGCCGUCGCCGCCGGGCGCGGCGCCGGCGCUGCAGCGGGAGCCGCUGUACAACUGGCAGGCCACGAAGGCGUCGCUCAAGGAGCGCUUCGCCUUCCUCUUCAACUCGGAGCUGCUGAGCGACGUGCGCUUCGUGCUGGGCAAGGGCCGCGGCGCCGCGGCCGCGGGGGGCCCCCCGCGCGUCCCCGCGCACCGCUUCGUGCUGGCGGCCGGCAGCGCCGUCUUCGACGCCAUGUUCAACGGCGGCAUGGCCACCACGUCGGCCGAGAUCGAGCUGCCCGACGUGGAGCCCGCCGCCUUCCUGGCGCUGCUGAGGUUUCUGUACUCAGAUGAGGUCCAGAUUGGCCCGGAGACGGUCAUGACCACGCUCUACACCGCCAAGAAGUACGCAGUCCCGGCCCUGGAGGCGCACUGCGUGGAGUUCCUCACCAAGCACCUCCGGCCGGACAACGCCUUCAUGCUGCUCACGCAGGCUCGAUUAUUCGACGAACCUCAGCUUGCCAGCCUGUGUCUGGACACAAUCGACAAAAGCACCGUGGAUGCCAUCAGCGCCGAGGGGUUUACGGACAUCGACAUAGACACACUAUGUGCAGUUCUAGAAAGAGACACACUUAGUAUUCGAGAAAGCCGGCUUUUUGGAGCUGUUGUACGAUGGGCAGAGGCAGAGUGUCAAAGACAACAAUUGCCUGUGACUUUCGAAAACAAGCAGAAAGUUCUGGGAAAAGCACUGUCCUUGAUCCGGUUCCCACUGAUGACCAUUGAGGAGUUUGCUGCAGGGCCUGCACAGUCUGGGAUCCUGUCAGACCGGGAAGUGGUGACCCUGUUUCUCCACUUCACCGUGAACCCCAAACCGCGCGUGGAGUACAUCGACCGGCCGCGCUGCUGCCUGCGGGGGAAGGAGUGCUGCGUGAGCCGCUUCCAGCAGGUGGAGAGCCGCUGGGGCUACAGCGGGACCAGCGACCGCAUCAGGUUCACGGUCAAUAGAAGAAUCUCAGUGGUGGGGUUUGGCUUGUAUGGUUCGAUCCACGGCCCCACAGACUACCAAGUGAACAUCCAGAUAAUUGAAUAUGAGAAGAAACAAACCCUGGGGCAGAACGAUACUGGAUUUAGCUGUGACGGAACUGCUAACACUUUCAGGGUCAUGUUCAAAGAACCUAUUGAGAUCCUGCCCAACGUGUGCUACACAGCCUGUGCAACGCUCAAAGGUCCGGAUUCCCAUUACGGCACCAAGGGACUGAAGAAAGUGGUCCACGAGACGCCUGCUGCUAGCAAGACGGUCUUCUUCUUUUUCAGUUCCCCUGGCAAUAACAACGGCACUUCCAUAGAAGAUGGACAGAUACCGGAAAUAAUAUUUUAUACCUAGUUAGCAUACUCCAUAGCACAUCUUGGUGAAUAGUGCUAUAUAGUCUAGCCACAAAGGCAUAAAAACUGGCCACCAAAAAUAAUUUUGAGUGUCGUGAACAUUUAUGAUUGUAAGAUGAGAAACAUUUUAGUUUCUUAGAGGAGAUAGCAAGUUGUUGGUUUUAUCUGCAUGAUUGAAAGGCAGAUUAGCCAUUUUCUUACAACCUUGGGGGGGAGAAAACUGGGUGUGAUUGUUAAAACCAAGCAGCUCUUUCGGUUUUAUCUUGUUUGAUUUCAUAGGCCAGCUGAUGCCUGAGCUUUCAGCAGUUUUAUUAUUGAAAGAUCCUUCUUAGAGAUAGACAGGUGAUUUUCUGUUUUGUUAACUAUUUCGAAGGUGGGAUGAGAUGGGCAUAUAGACUUAGUUAUUUUGAAAGUUACGUGAGAUCAGACAGGUCAGUAUUCAUGCAGAAUUUCUAUUUACUCAACUAAUUUCAGAAAAUUAAGAAAACUGACUUUAUAUUUGGAGUUUUGAAUAUCUGAUGGUUAGCAUUUGGAAUAUUGGUAGAAAUAGGCUUAAUAAUGCCCAGGAAAUUUCCAGUGCAUUUACAGAAAAGGUUAUUUUGUAUAACAGUAUAGUACUGUGUUGCAGAGUAGAGUUUUGAGCUAUAAAUGGAGUUUGUACAAGUUCACAAUAACGUGAUAUAAACCGAGGAUCUAAAGGUAUGGCCUAAGGCUGGAUUCUUUAUCCCCAAACUGGAUUCUGGAUUCCUGCUAACUGCACGGGGUUGCUGUCACUAGCCCCAGUGUCAGGAUGAGACUGAGGGUGGCGACCCGACGGGAGGUCAGCGGGCCCACACUGAACACACUUGCCGGCCAGGACCUGAACAGAAGGACCAGCGUUCCAGCAGCUGCUUUACAUUUUAAGCUGUUGAAAGAAAAGUGAGCAGAGUCGCUUCUGAAAAACACACUUUCUGUUCACCUACACAGUUCAGUGCAAGAAGUAAAACGUCUGCUGUCCAGGCCCUCAUGUCACAGUCGGGUCUGUCAGGAUCGGGGGGAGACGCAGUGAUAUUUAUGUACUAUUUUUAUAUAAAUGAUGAUAAUAUUCUUUUCUCCCCUCAAAGUGAUGUUAUUAAAAAACUUUCUUGUAAUUAGGUUUAAGGUGUAUCACUUGUGGAAGAUGGUCAGAAAAAAAAUCAAUUUCUUUAAAUAAUAGAAUUUUUUUCUAAAGGGUGGUAAUUUGGAUAUGAAAAUUUUUCACCUAAAAUGUUUCAUUCUAUAUUUUCAAGAAGGUAGUGGGGUGUGCUGGUGCCAGAGGUGUCUUGAAAUGGCUGACGGGGAAGCUCAUCCUGGCACCAGGGCCUCCACAGUGACCGGCUCAAGGCCCAGCUGCGGGGGGUGUUUGGGUGCCGCCAAGGCGCUGUGGAAGCCGGUGCGGGCACCACUGGGCCUUCAGCACCACGACCUGGAGGUGGGUCUGUUCUCACCUUUGUGGCACGGGACCUGCGUCCGUUGUGUGGCCCUGAACACCAUGGCAGGUGCCACCGCACUGUUCACUGACUGGGGCAGCCCUGGAAUUUAAAAAUAAAUACGGUUACUCCUGCGUUCCUCUUGUCAUUUCUU